AUGGCUUCCAAAGUGCUGAUAUUCACCGGAGCUCCAAAGAGCCGGGCGCUUGACUGGAACACCCCGGAUCUACUGGUCGAAUUCGAUGAGCCUAUUGCCAGCUUCAUGGGCAUCCAAACAGCAGUAGUGGAUCGCCCGGACCCGGACCAGAGCAUCAUCCCGGCCUCCGCUCCGACCCCCGCCGCAUGGAGAUCCCUUACCCUUGAAAGAGAACGUAUCCAUACCGGCUACACACAACAACAACAGGACUCCAGUUUCGGCUUCAACCUAGCUCACGGCCCGGAACCAAUCCAUCAGCCCGAUGACUUUCUCACUAUCGCAUCCAUCUCGCCAUCAUUUGACGAAUCAUCUGUUGUUCAUGGCGACCUGGAGUCCCAGUUCUACGAACACUCCCUUGCACUGCACCAACAUGUCCGCUCCUCAUACCUGGACGCUAACUUGCUUAGGGAAUCAGAGCCACAACACUCCAUCACGUCGGUAAUGAGCGAGGAGGACCUGGAUACGGCUUCGUUCUUGGAGACCACGACUCAUGCGUUCCGUGUGGAUGGAGACGAAGCCGUCAAAGAGCCAUUGACAUUCCGUGGUGGUGACCGCCUCAGUGACCUCAAGGAUAUCCCAUCGGCCGCUUACCUCAUCAAGGCACAACCCCAGACCAUCACCUGCAAUUUGAUCGUCGGCAUCAUUUCCAUCUCUCAGCCCCGAUCGGUUAGCACUCGCUGGGGCUCAGACCGCAUUCUGGUCGAGGUGCUCGUUGGCGAUGAGACCAAAGCCGGCUUUGCCGUUACCUUUUGGCUACCCCCUGGCUGCGAGACAGUGAAGGGAAGCAUGCUUGAAGGCCUGCGGAAUCGGGAUGUGGUCCUGCUUCAAAACGUGGCUUUGAACGUCUUCACCAAAAAGGUCUACGGCUCCAGUCUGCGCAAGGGAUUGACCAAAGUUCACCUGCUUUUCCGAGCAAGGCUCGACGCAACCGACGUCGGCGGUCAUUAUGCCCCCUCGGACUUAUCCGUGACAAGAACCACGCAUGCUCAGCUGGACAAGACCCGGAGAGUGUGGGAUUGGGUGCUACGUUUCGUCGGUCCCGGACCUAUCACCGCCGCCGCUCCCGAGCCCGGCAGGAGACGAAGCCCUAGGAAGAGCAAGAACAACAAAUAUGCCUUACCCUCAGCUGCUCAACCGUGGGAUAUGCCACCCCCUGAUACUCAGUAG